GAAUCCAAUCCAAGUCACGUCGACUUGGUUGUUUGAGUGAUUCGGCUGCAGUCUGCACUGCUCAAUAAUUUGGCAUUAUUUUGCCUCUUGAGGACCGUUGUUCCUGCGAUUUCUUCGGGUAGUUUACCGACGUACUCUAAAUAUGAAGUUGCUUACCCACAAUAUGAUGACGUCCAAGUGCAUCAAGGGUGUCAACGUAGGCUUUCCUCUCGGCAUCGUGGCCCAGGAGACCAAGGAAGUCUCGGUUGACUUCAACCCGGAGUUCGUGAGCCGUAUGAUACCCAAGCUGGACUGGGACGUCCUGUAUCAAGCCGCCGAAAGCCUCGGCUGUGCUGCGGACCUGCCCAAGAGUCUGGCUCCAAAUUAUGAACACGACCAGGACUUCUUGAAGCAGGCACACCAUGCACUGUUCGAAGUCGAGGUCAUCUCUGGAGACCUCGUGUGCCCGGAGACUGGAAGAAAAUUCCCCAUAACCAAUGGCAUCCCAAACAUGCUUUUGAAUGAAGACGAAGUCUAAAUGUCCAGCCUCGUUGGGUGGGACGUCGGUUUCGGACGCCAAACCUCACUCUCGGACCUUGUAAAUAAAACCUGUUCAACAUUGUA